AUGCUAGCAAGCAACUGUGAUGCUGAAAAUCCGCUAGCACAUGGUGCCGCCGACUCGUCAUUAUAUCGAGAAGGCGGUGGUGCUGAAUCCUCGUCUACUUGCUCAGUCUCGGAUAUUACAAAAAGAAUUGACGAAAGAUUGCCAACUAGUAGUUCUUGGCCUGAAAUCGAGCCAAGGCCAACGAGUCUUGGUCUGAUCCAUUGUUCAAUACAGCAUUUUCCAAUUAGAAAACGUCUCAGAGUUUCGCUACUAAAAGCCGAAGGUUUAGCAGGCAAGCUAAAACCUGAGUUAGAAAUUCAUGCAUUUUGCAAGAUUUCGUUGCAGCCAGGCGGAAAAUCAUAUAAUUCAAUUGUGAAGCGUGGACGUGAUGUUGUGUUCAAUCAGGAGUUCUUCUUCGACAACGUAUCGCUAGAAGAACUGAACGACAAAUGCUUGACCAUCCAAGCUUACCAUCAAUCGCCACAAAAAUUGCACAAAGACAUUGUAAUUGGCAAUUUAUUUGUGCCACUCAAAAAUUUCAGUAAAUUACGAUCAAAAAAAGAAGUGAAAAUUAUCGAAGAAUUAAAGUAUCACGUCGACCCCAAGAAAUUGGGCAAAAUAUACAUUUCAUCGUGUUUGGAAACAGAAUCACGUCGUUUGACAAUUAAUAUUAUCAGAGUUGAAGAUUUGCCUAAAGGUGGUAUUUCCGGACCACCAGAUGUCUGCAUACGAGUGCAUCUAACACAAAAUGGCGAGAUGCAAACAAAACAAAGCCGUGUGAUCAGAAGUACUUCCCACGCUGUAUACAAAGAAGCAAUAAUGUUUGUGGUGCAAACGAAGCCGACUGACCUGCAAGAUAUACGCAUCGUUGUGUCUGUCCAUGACUUAUUAAGAACAGAAACAGGUGAUGAUUUAAUUGGUUCUGCAUUUCUCGGAACAUUAGCAGUCGAUAAAUCAGAACAUGAACAGUGGAAAUACACAAUUGAACAUCCCGGGAAAGAAGCAAAAGCUGUUCAUCUUUUGAAGCCACCGACUGAAAUACCAAAUGUGCAUGUCACUGAAGCAACUUCCGAUUCAGAAUAA